AUGAGUGGGGAGAAGUCAUUAACAAUCAUGGGACAGAACACUGAGAAUCGUGUAGUUCCAUUAUCAGGAAUGAAGGGAACGAAGGAAGAUCUGAGAAAAUCUUUAUUCACUUCUGUUGCAAAAUCAACAACAGAGAAUGCCAGACCAAGCAGCAUGGUAAUUAAGAAAGCUAAUACAGUAAUUCCAGCACACAUAGUUGCAGAAGCUAUAUCAACACUCCAUGGCCUUGACCUCAGAUGGUCAGGACCAAUAACCCCAACAGAAAUGCAAUAUGUAGAACAAUAUGUCCUAGCUAAGUAUCCCGAGUACUCGAAUGCCCUUGUUGAAGGAGGAGAAAAGACUGACCUUUAUGAUCUUUGCAUCAAAGAGAAGCUCUCAGAGCCCCAGCCAGACGACACGCGGAAAUCACCCAGAGGUGUUUCCCGAGAAACAUUUACACCUUACUCUGGAAGCAGCCUCCCUGAUCUUGAGAAAACACAGUUGGAGCCAUCAAGAUUGCUCAAUAUCCUCACUAAGAAAUCCUCUUUCCUCGGGAACUUCAUCUCAAUCCCUGAAAUUCAAGCGCGAAACAAAGUUCUGAAUCACUGUGGAUUACCAGAUGACGAGUAUCUUGUUCUUUUCACUCAAAACUACAAGGAAGCAAUGAUGUUAGUUGGAGAGAGCUACCCAUUCUUCAAGGGGAACUUUUAUUUGACUAUUAUUGGGCAAGAAGCUGAUUAUGUAAGGGAAUUCGCAAGUUAUAAGGAAUCAAGAGUGAUCUUGGCACCAGAGACUUGGCUUGAUUUGAGGAUCAAGGGAUCACAACUCAGCCAGUACUUCAGAAGAAAGUGCAAGCACACUCCCAAAGGACUAUUUUCUUACCCGACUGAAGUGAACGGUACUCGAUAUUCUAUGCAUUGGAUUUCAGAAGCCCAUCGUAACUCGUGGCUAGUUCUGCUCGAUGCAACUGCCUUGGUGGUGGGUGAAGAUAAGCUGAAUCUCACACUCCAUAGGCCAGAUUUCCUGCUAUGCAGUCUUAAUAAUACAAGUGCUCAUUCUUCAAAGAUUACCUGCGUUUUAGUUAGGAGAAAAUCCUUUGACAUGUCCACAGCGUCAGCUCAAACACGCGAAUAA